AUGGAAGGCCAUCCUCAAAAGCAGUCAACCUUUCGACAAGCCUGCCCGAUAUGCGCGAGACAAUUUGACCGUGCCGAACAUCUAAAGCGACACGUCGCGACGCAUACCAAGGAGAGGAAUCGUGCUUGCGAUGUCUGCGGCAGAAGAUUCAACCGUCACCAAAACGUCCAUCGCCACCACGUGCCUUUACGAAGGUUCCGCGCCUGCACCAAGUGCGCCGCAUCUAGGGUCAAAUGCAGUGGGGUGCCACCAUGCACACGAUGCCGACAGAAGUCGCUGGAUUGCACAUUCCCUGAGGGCAGCGAGACGCGUGAUGACGCCUCGGCGGUGGCGGACGCAAAUUGUGAAAAUGUGCAGUAUGAGGAUCCGAGGGACGAUGAGAUACAGCCGGCUGUGAUGUCUACAUCAGUAAUGCCCACUUCACAUCAGCAUCGGACACAAGCGCAAAACUUUAUGCAACAGCCUGUUCAGCCGGUUGAUCUGGGACCACAGGAAGCGGACACCUAUAUGAUUUCCACACUGAAUUGGAUCUCGCCGUCUAUGGACUUCAACCUGACAGAGUUCGACUACAACCCGAUGGCUUCCAGCGAGCAGUAUUGGGGCUCACUCACUGACGUCAAUGGCCUCCCUAAUCAGACUCUAUCGACAACACAAAUGAUGAGCCCGGUUGACGGACAAACGCUUUCGACCCCUGGGACUCUUCCUGACUCAAACGAUGCAGAAACACCUGGUACAUCUUAUGUGGAUAAUAAAGGAGCCAGGCAGCCUCGGAAUGGGCGCGGCGCCGUGCAGGGCGGACCCUUCUUCUCCACUGAGCUUCCGCCUAUGUCAGCCUUCACUACGCUACUCACAUUUUACAGACGGCGAUUUGACCCCAAGGUACUACCAAUAGUCCAUCCUGACCUAGAAAGCGAGAGCACUUCCUCCUGGAUUGUCAAGUUGGCGAUGUCGGCCAUCGGGAGUCAAUAUCUCGAAACGGGAGACACGGAAUUAGCAGUCGCCCUCCAUGAAUUUCUUCGGCGGGUUUUGCGACAACGAGGAGCUAUUUUCUCGACCGAGGUUUUGACUAUAGAGUCACUCAGCUUGGUUCAGUCGAAGCUUCUCAACUAUAUCGGAUUGGCGUAUUGUGGCUCGGUACGCCUGGAGAGAUACAAGUUGUCGGCACUCGAAGAUCUUGUACACGAGUAUAAAUCAUUGUACAAAAGCCAACCCACGGUCCUCCGGGACGACGUCCCCUUUCAAGGUCGACGAGCUUGGAUCAUAUCAGAAAGUGCGCGACGCCUUUGUCACUCAAUCUGGUUCAUUGAGAACAUGUCUCGAUACCACUUUGACACAGAGACGAAUUUGUUGCUUGGCGUUGCCAACAUUACAUUGCCAUGUAAAGAGGAUAUAUGGCAGGCCGGAACCGAUCAUAUGGAGCCUUACAUCAAACAACCCACUCUGGAGAAAGCGUUAAGGGUAUUGUACGUGGAGAAGCGACUCCUCAAGAACACAGGCGACUUCGCACGAGUUCUACUUGUACACGGCUUGUACUGUCAAACAUGGGACGUUGGGGCUUCACUCAACAGACCUUUACUCCGCUGGACGCCCUCUUCACAGAAAGGCAAUGCUGAAUCGUGCGAUCUCACUGGCCCAGUCUGGUUGCCACAAAUACCUCUCUACAACCAUUGGAGAAAUGCGGCGUGCGACUGCUUGGAUGUACUCCACUGGAUUGCAAACAGUGAUAUCGCCAAGGCCGGAACCGAAAACUCGACCGUCCUACACCUACACUUUGCCCGGAUAGUUUUGCUCGCACCGUACGAGCCAAUACGCGAGAUGGCGGAGCUUCUGACGUCGGAGGACGUCAGGGACGGCAGCGACGCUGCGGCGAGGUUCCAGGGACUCUGCCAGCAGGUACAAAGAUGGAUCACGGACGACCAGUUCAAAGCGCGCCUCGCGCUCGUGCACUGCGGCAUUUUCUUCUGGCACGUCAGGCGAUACUCGACAGACGCCUUCUAUGAGCCUACCAAGGUCUUUCUGGUUACGCUGGUAGUUUGGGCAUACGGCAGCCUUUGUCCGCCACAGCAGCCGGGCACUUCAUCGCGGGGAUCCAUCAAUAACCGCGCGCGCGAAGACGAUGACUGGACGAGCGAUCUCGACGACAUAUCAUCAAUCCGCCUCGAUCGUCCCUGCGACGAUGAGCUGGUGCAGCUCUUUAUAAAGCGGGGGAGGUCGAUGCGCGCCACUAUCAUGGGUGUUGGCAGUAUCACUGCAGCCGAUGGUCCGCUUCGGAUGCUGCGCGAGGGACGCAAGCUUCUCACCACGUUGGACAGGUGGCCUAUUCGAAAUCGGUACAUGCAGACUCUCACGCGUCUUAUAGAUGUCUGCAGACAGGACAGACAGUGGGUGCAGACGGGAUCGAGUCUGAGGCAGACAUGA